ACUCGUUGGCCAGACAGUUCGGCGAAGCAUCCCCGUUAACAGUAGAGCCAAAGCCCUUGUUCGGUCUCUCUCGCUCGCGCUCUUGCUCUCAGACCAGCAUCCCGAGUGAGAACGCAAUUACAGGUGUACUACCUUGUGUGUUAUCGUUGCAAUAUCCACCUGCAUUUGCAACCGCAACCAUGGUCAGCUUCCUCUCACUUCGCAUGGUGUGCUCCGCCGCCCUGGUGUCGCUGCUGGUGCUGGCCCUGUCGUCCCGCAGCGCCUUCGCCCGCUCCGUCGACGGCGUGGGGCGCCUUGAGAAGCUGCUGUCGUCCUCGUCGUCUUCGUCAGGCUCUUCUUCCCCCCUGGAUGCUCUCGGCGGCGACCACAGCGUGAACAAGCGCGACACCUUCGACCACUCCUGCAAGGGCAUCUACGACCGGGAGCUCUUCAGAAAGCUGGACCGCGUCUGCGAGGACUGCUACAACCUGUACCGCAAGCCCUACGUGGCCACCGAGUGCAAGUCCAAUUGCUUCGUGAAUAAGAGGUUCAAUGUCUGUGUGGCUGAUCUCAGACAUGAUGUCAGCCGCUUUCUGAAAAUGGCUAAAUUUCUGCGCUAUCCCUAAUGGUUGAAGGCUAUGGAGUAACUGCUACGCCAACUUCGUAUUCAAGCAGUGCCUCGACGAUCUCCUUAUGGUCGACGCCAUUGACGAGUACGUGAACACCGUCCAGCUGGUAGGGAAGUAAAGGCAGAAGUCUCUCAGGACGCUAAUGUGGAGGAAACAAGAAAAAAAAACAGGAAAAAUAUGGAAAUAUUCACGACAACUAGAAUCAUUUUUGAAAGCCCCUUGUCUGGAGACUUGGGCAAAAUGGGGCCAAAGAAAAUAGAGAUGCAGUAAAGAAUUAUUUUAAGUUGUCUUCUUCAGGAAAACAUGACGCUCUAUGGCAGCUCCUUUAUCAUUCCAUACUAAUUAGUAAAAUAUGAUUUCUACCUAGUUAUGAAAUACAUAGUAACUAUAUUAUGCUAAGUAUUUAUUGAAUAUCAUAUAUUUAUUUUCAUAACCUUUUGAAGUGGCAUUUGAACGAUUCUCACCACUGUCCUUCUCCCAUUCAUUUCUUCCUUCUCCCUCUCCUCAACUAUUUAUGCAAUUCUGGUUAUACGCUUUGAAAAGUUAUUUUUGUAUGGUCGAUAAUCAUUAAUCAUAAUACAGUGUACAAUUCGGCAUUUAUGUGUGAAAGAAAGGCUAGGAAACCACACAGCACAUGAAGGCACGUGAGAUUCAGUAUGGUUUCUUAUCUGCGGCCUGUUGGGAUCUGAAAAUUAUAUUUUCUUGAAUCUGUAGACCCCCUUCGCACAAAAUGAGGUAAAGUUACAAAGUUCUGAGCUGGAAGAAAAAUCCAGUGCUACUUUGUCUUUCCAUUCCCCUACCCUUUCCCCCACACAGAGGGGGAGGGGACACAGCGAUUUGCUUGCUAACUUCCACAAAAUCAGAUCUUUCCCCUUUGAAAAUUCUUGUUGUUUCAGUCGGUUGAGUCUUUUAGAAAUAAUAUCUUCCCCAACUCGAAGCAAGGUAUUCUUCAGCUUCUUAAGUAAAAAGAGGAAAGGCACGAUCACCUGCUUUUCCAAAUCAAGAGAAAGAGAAUGCGAAAGACAGAGAAAUUCUUGAUCUCUGUACUUACCACUUGUUGCUGGUGGUGCGUGUGGUGCCCGAACCCUAGUUAUGUAACCAAAGAUUAGAAUUUAGUGGUAUCCUUAACUUUUGCGUUUCUGUUGGAUCCUUGAGAUUUUGAAUAAAUUAUUAUAAUCA